CGGUUCCAUCUGAUAUGUUUUAUCUCAGAACUAUCUGCCAUUGCAAAAUUUAGCCCAUGUUGUGCCAGUUACGUGCAGUAUCAUGACAACCCGCCAUGUGCACGGUGAAUAAGAACCGCUUUGUGUUGUGAGAGGAGCAAAAUAAACAUGAUCGAUACCUACAAAUUAAAGCGCUGGAUGAGCGUACCAGCGCUGCAGGCUCACCUGUGCACCCUGGCAGUGGCAAUGAGCCACAACAGUCUAUGGCGGGUCCCUCGAGACGGGUUCCGGUAUGGCGGGUUGGCGUUCGGGCUGGUCCAUACCGUGGCACUCGUGUUCAUCGCGAUGCCCAUCACGCUCCUUCAAUUGGCGGUCGGGCAGCUGAGCCAGCAAGACACAGUCGGCAUGUGGAGAGCUGUGCCCUUCUUCAGAGGUGUCGGUUAUCUCAGACUGCUGAUAACAUCGUUGGGUUCUGUGUACACAGUCGUGUAUCUGGCUCUCAUAGUUACCAAUUUUUUUUACACACUCAGUAAUCCUUAUCCGACUUGGGAAUGUACAGAAUGGACCCUGCCUGAGGAUAUCUACGAAACAACAGUACUGAAUUCUUCAUUGUUAUGUUUUAAUGAGACCUUCAUGGCACCUGUGGAGGAGCAACCGGAGAACUAUGUGGCCAUAUCUCUUGUAAUAUGCGCGUUGUGGAUCGUCUUUUUAGUAGUGCUUUACAGCCCCGUGAAGUUUAUGAAACGGACGUUCUACGUGCUAGGUCCAUUGGUGUUGGUGUUGUGUGUCGUGCUCGCCAGUUGUCUGGGCGAGUGGGCUGACCUGGCUCUUCUGCAGAAAGGGAGCGACUGGUCCAACUUCCUGGACCCGGACAUCUGGCAGGCGGCGCUCAUCCAGGCGUUGUGGUCCUCCCUGGUCGCCGGAGGUUUCCUAGUGUCCGCUGGUGACACUGUUUACGCCAGCACUAAUGUCCAAUGGACGACGUUAGUAAUAAUAGCGGCGAACAUAGCGUCCAGUUGGCUGGGCCUGGUGUUUUGGUUUGCGGUUGGAGGCGGCGGAGAGCGAGACGUGAGCUCGCUGGCAGUGGUGCUUCAGGUGUACUCGCUGGCGGGGCAGAAGCACCUCCCGCGCGUGUGGCCACUGCUCAUCUUCACCAUGCUGAUAGUGUCCGGGUUCAUUACCAUGUUAACUCUGCUGUUCCCGCUGUAUGAUCGGCUAAGGCGCGUGGGCGGCGCGCGGUGGCGGGCGCUGGCUGCCGGCAGCUCGCUCGUCGGUGCGGGCGCAGCACUCGGCGUGCUCGCGGGGCGCAUGCGCGCGCUCCACGUGCUUGAGGACCUCGCAACCCCGCUGCUCAUCACCAUCACGACUACUACCGAGAUAUUCGUGUUUAUUUUUAUUUAUGGUUGGAAGGUUCUGGUUGAAGACGUGGAAUUCCUGACGAGCGAGGAGUUGAGCAAGUACUGGGUGAUGGGAUGGUGCGUCGCCCCCGGGGUGAUCGCGCCGUUCGCGGCGUGGUGGGUGGUCACAGUGGUGGGGCAGGAGGCGUGGCCAGCCUGGGAGACCACCACGCUCGCAGCCACUGCUGGCGCGGCGCUGCUCAUCUUCCUCGCCGCGGCCGCGCUCGCCGUCGCCAAGCAAGUCCAGUAUGACAUCUUGGGAAAGCUGUCAUCAUCAUUCAAGCCGUCAAGACAUUGGGGUCCCCGGGACCCCAUCUCGCAUUACUACUGGCUGGCGAGGCGUGAGGAAGCCAACAGGAGGCACCUGCCGCCGCGCUACCAUCGCCGGUACCUCGGCCAGCUGUCAGGCUCCCCGAGCUUCCUCAACCUUCCGGAAAACUCCAUACAACCGCCUCGGAUAGACUCCAAAAGGAGAACCAACUCCGAUGACUGGAUAUACACGAUUUACAGAAGGAAAUGCGUCGAGAAUUUGUACAGUGACUUCCUUCCGAAGAACAAAAGACGGCGGUCUAAGUCGUUCGACUGGGAACUAUCUAGCGCAAGAUCUCUGAAGGAGUCACUGGCAGAAAUCAGCGUCGAGCAUUUAAAAGAGAAUAACAACAAUAUUAUAAUAAAAAACGGUAAAUAAUUCGUCGGUAUGUAAGUUAUAAUCCAGGGGCCUGUUUAAUAAAACUUAAAAUUAUAAAUUACAACGACAAUUUGAUGUUCAUUACGUACCUAAUAUGAAACUGCAAAAUAUUCGUGAUCACACACUCCGCAAUGUACAUCAAAUUGUAAUUGUAAUUUACAAUAAUAAUUGUAAGUUUUAUUAAACAGGCCCCUGGUAGUAUAAUUAAAAAGCGGAGUUAAAAAGCAAUAUCGUCACAUGUUGACAAGUGUUGAAAGGACGGUUUAUAGGGUAGUUUCCAACUAGUCAAAUCAGUUACUUAUUACUCAACACGAAAUAUACAGGGUGUUAGUGACAUCGUAACGAAAACUUUGAGGGGUGAUUGAGGCCAUGAUUCUGAGAUGAUAUCAAGUGGAAUUUUCCGUCGCAAAAGUAUGGAACAAAAAAUAAUUAAAAAAGACACAAAAUUUUUCAUGAAUAUUCAGACUGAAAAUUCAACUUGAUAUCAACUCAGAAUCAUGGUCUGAACCAUCCCCCUCAGUAUUCGUUACGUUGUCACUAAUACCCAUACCUACUUAUAUGGCUACUGUAUGUACUUGUGUGGGGUGUAAGUGACAUCGUAACGAAUACUGAGGGGGAUGAUUCAGCUGAUUAUUCUGAGUUAAUAUCAAGUGAAAUUUUCCAUCGCAAAAGUAUAGAAUUGAAUUAUGACCGGAAUCAUCCCCCUCAGUAUUCGUUACGAUGUCACUAACACCCUGUAUAAUAAUCAAUACGUCAUAACACGAAAUUACCAUGGAAUUUGUAUCAAUAAGCAACCUGGACGUCGAAAAAACGUGAUAAAAUGUUGCACUUAUUAUUAAAUUUUUCAUUACUAAAAUUUAUAAAUAAGUUAAAUAGAAAAAAAAAAAAUUUUGUUUCACCUUUAGAUCUGGGGGGUUAAGAUGGCCACAUCGAAGCAAUUCAACUAAGAAAGCAAUAUUGCAAUUUGACAUUUGCGCAUAUAAAAGUAAGUGCGCUAUGCAAACAAAUGUCAAAUAGCAAUAUUGCUUUCUUAGAUGAAUUGCUUCUGUGUGGCCAUUUUAACUCCUCUGUAUUUAUUUAGUACUUAAUCAGAAUUUCAUAAUUUAUCUGUGACUUAGGAAACUACCCAACUCCGGCCCGACAGA